AGCGCCGUUUCCUUCGUUCCUCGUAGAUGGGACAUGGUCGCAGUCGUAUUCCACGUUGCUUUGCGGGAGGCGGAUGCGUUGGGGGAGGGGGGCUUCUCACGCCAGUCCCUAGAACUCGUUUCGUUCUUCCUCUGACUCGCUGUUUGACCCGCUCCGCUCCCUUUGGGUCCCGCGCGCAUCCCGUGCCCUCCCACUCAACCUCCGGAGCUGGCUGCCCCUCGCCUCCGCCUCCAUGCAUUCUGCCCUUUACACCCGGGCCAGUAUGAUACGCGAGAUCGCCGCGGCAGUGGGCUUCAUCUCCAAGUUCCUGCGCACCAAGGGACUGAGGAACGAGCGGCAGCUGCAAACGUUCAACCAGAGCUUACAGGAGCUGUUGGCAGAACAUUAUAAACAUCACUGGUUCCCUGAAAAGCCAUGCAAAGGAUCAGGCUAUCGUUGUAUCCGGAUCAACCAUAAAAUGGAUCCCUUGAUUGGGCAGGCAGCACAGCGAAUUGGAAUCAGCAGUCAGGAACUGUUCCAGCUUCUUCCAAGUGAACUCACUCUCUGGGUCGACCCUUAUGAAGUAUCCUAUCGAAUUGGAGAGGAUGGCUCGAUCUGUGUGCUGUAUGAAGCCACACCAGCGGCAGCUAGUCAAAAUAGCACCAGCACCCAAAUGGUAGACAGCAGAAUAAGCUGUAAGGAAGAACUACUCUUGGGCAGAACAAGUCCCUCCAAGAGCUACAAUAUGAUGACUGUAUCAGGUUAAGAUAUAGCCUAUGGAUGGAUCAUAAUGGAUGGAUAAAUUUGUUUUUUUUUUACUUUGGGUGGGCUCCUCUGGGGAUGGAUUAUGGAAUUUAAACCAUGUCACAGCUGUGAAGACCUGGCACAAGAUAGAAUGGUAAACUUUAUUUUAUAAUGGCAGUGCCAUAGUUUCGACAGUACCUUUCAGUGAUUUUAAUAGCCUGUGAGGAAAGAUGAUAACUUUAUUUCCUUAAGGUGUGAAGUUGUCCCAGGAAGGCUAAAGUUUUCUCCCAGAUGUUAUGCUUAAUUUUUUUAAAAACACAAUUCUUUCAGCCCAAGUCUGUAGCUAUAAAAUUGUCCUCUUCAGUAAAUCUUGCUGAGUAAAUUUGCACUAUGACAUUUUUAAAAAAUUGUUACCAUUUUUUGGCAGCUCAGAUACACGACUUGUUAUGAACAUGAUAGUACUGGAAAUUUUAUCUUACAAGACUUACCUAGCCCUUACCAAUAUGUAUAAACUGUACAUAAAUCACACAGUGAGCGUGAACUGGGGAAAAUGGUCAGAUCUCUGUGUUGUGAAUUGGCCUUCAAAGUAGCAGGUGAGCAGGAUCCACUAUGUCAACAAGGUUUGAGAGAGAUCAUAUAAAGACGCUGUCAGAACUGUGGUGUGUUUACCAGCCAGCUGUCUCUACAUUUGCUAGCUUGUAGUUUUCUAAGACUGAGUAAACCUCUUAUUUUUAGAAAGUGGAGGUCUGGUUUGUAAUUUCCUUGUACUUAAUUGGGUAAAAGCCUUUUCCACAAACCACCAUCUAUUUUGUGAACUUUGUUAGAUAUCUUUUUUUUUUUUGGGUAAAUUAUGAACUGGUGUAAAUUUGUACAGUUCAUGUAUAUUGAUUGUGGCAAAGUUGUACAGAUUUCUAUAUUUUGGAUGAGAAACUUUUCUUCUCUCUAUAAUAAAUUGUUUCCUAUCUUGGCAUUUUAA